AUUUUAUAAAAUAUGGGUGGAACUCAAACGUAUGUGACAGAAUAUCAGCAGCUAGACCGAGCUUGCUUGGGUUUAGGAAGGCAAGAUGAAGAAACAGCAUAUUACUUCUUUAAUGAGGCCCAUGGUCUUUUCAAGAUUCCAAGAGAUGAGUAUGAGAAUCUUAGAAAAGCAUAUUCAAAUGAUCGCACCAAAAAGCUCAAACUCCCACUUAAAAUAAUCUGAAAAUAUCGCGAACUUGUUAUGCCUGAGUUUGAUGAUAAUAUGAACGAAGCCAAGAUCCAUUAUUUGACUGAGGGAGCAAUACAUCCUGUUGAUAAUUACUCAUUCAAUUUCUUGUUGGAACAAGAUUAUGAAUAUGCUAAAGAAAAUCUGGAAGGACUCACCAAACUAAGAUAUGGAGAGAGGAAGAGAAACAUUGCGAUAUUGAUCAACCCGAUCAGUGGAAAGCAGGAAGCAUAUAAUAUCUAUAAGACCAAGCUCAGACCUUUGCUCAAGGCCACUAGAAUGAACUACAAGGUUUAUAAAACUGACGGACCUGAUUUUGUGGACAGAUGGGUCUCCAAAUUGAAGUUCAAGCAAAGGACAUAUGAUGAAAUCCAAGAGACUAAUAAGGAAGGAGAAAAUGAAUCUUCUUUGAUCUGUGAAUACACUGACAUCGUUAUCAUUGGAGGAGACGGACUCCUUGCGCUCUACCUGAAUUCAUGCUAUAAGCAUCACUUCUUCGACACUCUUAUUAAGAUACCUAUUUGUAUACUUCCAGGUGGAACAGGAAAUGCACUUGCAAUGGACCUUGGAGGAAACAAUAUCUUCGAUCUUUGCAUGAACUUCUUAAGAUGAGAAACAAUAGAAGGGGACAUCAUUAGAGCGGACUUUGAAGACUCCAAAUAAAUCUAUCCUUUGAACCGCCCUCUCAUGGGGAUUCCCUUCCAAAGUUAUAGAAUCCUCUAGCGACUGGAGAGGAUGUCUUGGCGCCUCCAGAUACACCGCUUGUGGUGCCAAAGAAGUAUUAUGAGCUGGUGGUCCAUGGAAUAUGAGAUCCCACCACCUAACUAAAGUUGAGCAUAAUCCAGGCCUCCCAGAUGACAUCACUAGAACUCUAAUAAGCAAACGCAAAAUAGAGGAGGAUAAAGAGACAGACGAGGAAAAUCUUAAAGAGCAAGCAGCCGUACCUAUAAUCGAAAGUGAAGAGAUCAAAAGCGAUAAGAGUUGUUAUACCAGUAAUUUAAGCUACAAGCUGGUCAAGACUGAUUCUAUGAAAGGGCAUAAUAUCUACAAGGGAGAGUUUGAUAUCAAGCAAGACCAGAUUUGUGAAUCAGAUGACGAAAAUAUAGAGAGAAUGUCGCAAUUAGGAGCUAUUAUUAACCAGAAGGACGAAAUAGACUGGGAAAAUAUAGACCUCAAACAAGUAUCAGUGAUGGUACUGACCACUCAUGAGUGUCGUAGAAGUGGAACCAAGGACAUCUUUGCACCAUUCUCUAGGAUUAAUGAUGGCAAAAUGUUCUUAUGUGGCUUUAAAGAGUGCUCCAAAGUGGAAAUGUUGAUGAUGAUGGCAAAGGUAUCAGCAGGACAUGGAAAUCAAGUUAAGAUGUCAAAAUAUUUCCACCAAGAAGUGAAGCAAAUUAGGAUUCAUCCCAGAGCUGAUACUUCCUUCAACAUAGAUGGAGAGAUUUACGAAAGCGAGAAUGUGAUAGUCACCUGCCUCCCAAAAAUGAUCAAUUUGUUUGGAAAGCCGUAUGAUUUAGAAUAA